GAAUGUCAAAGUAUUGUAUUUUUACUGAAAGGGACAAUAAAUCACCCUCAAAACAGCAAAUAAGGACUUCAUGUUGCAUCCUUGGACCUCGCCUGUCAGACAGAGCCUGCUUUCCACUCUCAGUGACUCAUUACUUCUUGAUAGUCACACAACAUUGUCGACAGAAAAAGGCUGCAGACCCGACACCGACCUUCUGAUACUUGGCUGGAAUUGUGAAGUUUGGAGCACUCAACCACUCAAGUAACCGAAUGAAAGGAAGGAGCGCAGCACAAGCCAUGACGCCAUGAACCAAGGGGCGGAGCCACCGGCAGACGGCAGCGUGGACCCCCAGAGGCGUACGACUGAAAGGUGACCUCCAGACUCUCCAACAACCCCCCAAAUAUUUGAAUAUGCCCGGACACAACGAUGCCCUCCAACAGCACAAACCCUGGUCUCUUCCUCAUACCCAACACCUCGCCCCCCGCAGCGGGAUCUUACCCACAAUCCAAUGCUCUCCACCAAGUAGGAACCUCACCCUGGUUGCUUUUCCCCCCGAACACGCCCGGUGACAACUCCUCCCCCGCCAUUUCCCUCUGGAACCUGACCUGGGGAUCACAGGCCGGCAAUGAAACGUCACUUCCGGAUCCUCUGGGCGGGCACACGGUCUGGCAGGUGGUGCUCAUCGUGCUGCUGACGGGGAUGCUCUCCCUGGUCACCAUCAUCGGGAACAUCCUGGUGGUGGUGUCCUUCAAGGUGAACCGCCAGCUCAAGACGGUGAAUAACUACUUCCUGCUGAGCUUGGCCGUAGCAGACCUCAUCAUCGGGGUCAUCUCCAUGAACCUGUACACCGCCUAUCUGGUGAUGGGCUACUGGGCCUUAGGGAACUGGGCCUGUGACCUGUGGCUGGCUAUCGACUAUGUCGCCAGCAACGCUUCAGUGAUGAACCUCCUGGUCAUCAGCUUUGACCGCUACUUUUCUGUCACCAGGCCCCUGACUUACCGGGCCAAACGGACAACAAAACGAGCCGGGAUCAUGAUCGGCUUGGCCUGGUUCGUGUCUCUGGUUCUAUGGGCCCCCGCCAUCCUCCUGUGGCAGUACUUUGAAGGCCAAAGGACGGUGCCGUCUGAUAAAUGCUACAUCCAGUUCCUCCAGCAGCCCACCAUCACCUUCUGCACUGCCAUGGCGGCUUUCUACCUGCCCGUCACCAUCAUGAGUGUCCUCUACUGGCGCAUCUACAAGGAGACCGAGAACCGCUCCAAAGAGCUGGCGGGACUGCAGGGCUCGGGGGCCCGCGGCGGCAGGAUUGCGGCGAAAAACGGCGGCGUCAACAGAGCUCGGUUCGUGCGUCAAACCGGCAGUACCAGAAGCUGCAGCAGCUACGAGCUGACCAGGUUGUCCCAAAGAAAGAGCGCCUGUCGAGAGCUUGUCAGUCGCCUCCACUGCUGGCCGGGGGUUCGAUCAUUGAGACCUGGCAGCAUACGCCAAGGCGAGGGUGACCCCGAUCAAAGCAGUUGCGACAGCUGGAACAACAACGAAAAUGCACUCUCACUAGACCAGUCUGGGUCAUCAGAUGACGAAGACUGCGGUGUUAGAGAAAGCCACACUAUCUUCUCUAUCGUUCUCAGCCUGCCAGGAAUGAAAGCUGCUGUCGACUCUCAGCUCACUUCCUGCGAGGAUCUGGAUGAAGCCUCAGAGCAGGACCCACUGAGGGGGACGGAAGUUAACCGAGACGCGACGAGCCGAAAUGUGGAAAACAGCUACCACCAACGCUUCUGUUCCCGCAAGGUACAGUCCAUGCCGACUAUCCGGGCGACCCACAACUCCCUGGAUGGGACGCCAGCAACGUCUGCGGACGCAACCGCAACGGCCAGUGAGCCCACCCGAUCCCCAACCGUCCCCAUGUCCUUCAAGGAGGCGGCUCUGGCCAAGCGUUUCGCCGCCCGCGCUCGGACUCAGAUCUCUAAGAGGAAGCGCAUGUCUCUGGUCAAGGAGAAGAAGGCCGCCCAGACCCUGAGCGCCAUCCUCUUUGCGUUCAUAAUCACGUGGACGCCGUACAACAUCAUGGUCCUCAUCAACGCUUUCUGCAAGGGCUGCAUCCCGGACACGUUGUGGGCGGUGGGCUACUGGCUGUGCUACGUCAACAGCACCGUCAACCCCAUGUGCUACGCCCUGUGCAACAAGACCUUCCGCACCACCUUCAAGAUGAUCCUGCUGUGUCGCUGGGACCAGAAGAGGCGGAGAAAGCAGCAGUUCCAGCAGCGGCAGUCGGUGGUCUUCCACAGGAGGAUUCCCAGAGAAUCCACGUAAAAAGGAGGACACGGUUGCUGGAAUGAAAGCUUUUCAAAGUCUCUUCCACCAUAGCAAGUUUGUCCAUGUGUGCUCCACAAGGGUCUGGGAGGACAGCUUCCUGCACCUGGAAAAGGGCUUCAAACAGAACUUGUCAGUGGGUAAGAAGUAUUUAAGUGCAAUUGACUGGAGGCUUCAAGGUUGUCACACAGUUUCCUCUUUUUUGUGGCUAGCUGCAUUCGUAAACGUGCGUUUAAGGCCUUGAAAAACACAACUUUGCGUGAAUGAAAGUUGUGUUGUGUUCACCGACCUCCCUGUUCAUUGCCGUCCUGCUUCCUAGAAGUCGCGUGUGAUGGGGUACAAAUAUUCUGCAGAUGUUCUUACUUGUGAUAUUCAGGUGGUUUUUAUUUGUGUUUUUUGUUAAUAUUCCUGAACCUUUUUGAGCCAGUCUUCUGCUAAUGAAUAUGAGAUGUGAAUAUUCAGUGAAAUCCUGCUCUUGUGUUCAAUGUGAUGACAGCCAGUACAGUCCUGGUGGUCUUCUUCCUCUCUCAAUAUACAGUGACGCCAUUCUCUUGUGGGUAGAAAACACACACACACACGCGCACACACACACACACACACACACACGCACACACGUUAAUGUUCUUGAACUGCCUUCAAAGUCGGCAUCAAAAUGAUUUAGAAGAGUAGCAUUGUUGUAGUGAAGCAAUGGCGCCCUCUGGUGGCUAAUGAGGGACAUUGGUGUUGGUGAUUAUUUGUCUGAUUCCAAACGUGAUUAAACAUUUUAAAAAAGGUACUGAUAUACCAUUUUUUGAUCACCAUCCAUCAUCUUCCGCUUAUCCGAGGUCGGGUCGCGGGGGCAACAGCCUAAGCAGGGAAACCCAGACCUCCCUCUCCCCAGCCACUUCGUCUAGCUCUUCCCGGGGGAUCCCGAGGCGUUCCCAGGCCAGCCGGGAGACAUAGUCUUCCCAACGUGUCCUGGGUCUUCCCCGUGGCCUCCUACCGGUUGGACGUGCCCUAAACACCUCCCUAGGGAGGCGUUCGGGUGGCAUCCUGACCAGAUGCCCGAACCACCUCAUCUGGCUCCUCUCGAUGUGGAGGAGCAGCGGCUUUACUUUGAGUUCCUCCUGGAUGGCAGAGCUUCUCACCCUAAGGGAGAGACCUGGAAACUCAUUUGGGCCGCUUGUACUCGUGAUCUUAUACUUUCGGUCAUGACCCAAAGCUCAUGACCAUAGGUGAGGAUGGGAACGUAGAUCGACCGGUAAAUUGAGAGCUUUGCCUUCCGGCUCAGCUCCUUCUUCACCACAACGGAUCGGUACAACGUCCGCAUUACUGAAGACGCCGCACCGAUCCGCCUGUCGAUCUCACGAUCCACUCUUCCCUCACUCGUGAACAAGACUCCUAGGUACUUGAACUCCUCCACUUGGGGCAGGGUCUCCUCCCCAACCCGGAGAUGGCAUUCCACCCUUUUCCGGGCGAGAACCAUGGACUGGGACUUGGAGGUGCUGAUUCUCAUUCCGGUCGCUUCACACUCGGCUGCGAACCGAUCCAGCGAGAGCUGAAGAUCCCGGUCAGAUGAAGCCAUCAGGACCACAUCAUCUGCAAAAAGCAGAGACCUAAUCCUGCGGUCACCAAACCGGAACCCCUCAACGCCAUUUUUUGAUCACAUCCCACAUAAUUAUUUUAAUGAAUAUCUGUCCCAAUUUGUUUAUAAAGACGGACACUUCUUUACUGCCCUCUGGUGGCCAAGUUCGGUACAGCAGUUCAAAACCCUGCUUUUUAAAGAUCUUUACAGUUUGAUUGGGUAAAUGAUGACAUCUUUAAAAUACAGUGUGUACUCUUGUAUUGUUUAUGUGUUGUAUUUAAAAAAAAACUAAACAAGUUUAAAUCCUUUUUGUCACUUGAUAUUUGAUAUGCACCCAUUGCAAAGAUUUGUAAAACUAACAUUUGGUUCUUUAACACUGGGAAUGUAAACAUAGUGAAUGCAUUUUAUUUUAUUUUUUAUAUCAAAAGUAUGCCAAUCAUGUUUUAAGUCAAUAAA